CCAGGGGGAGGGGGGAUGCCAGCCCAUGGCAUGGACUGUGAUGCCGCCUCUCUGGCUGCCUGCGCUCUGGAUGUUGAAGUUUUUACCAGCCAAGAUGUUAAGGUACGGACCUGCACCUUUGGAGGAGAGGGGACUGAGGACAAGUCUAAUCAGAUGCUUAGAAAAUUGAGGAGUUGUGAGAUCGAUGAGGACAAACUUCAUUUGGCUCCACCCCGGCCAACAAAGCAGUUUCUUAUCUCUCCUCCAGCCUCUCCUCCUGUAGGUUGGCACCCAAUGAAUGAUGCAACACCUGCUGCUGACUAUGACCUCCUUUAUGCAGUUUCUAAACUGGAAUCAGGUGAGAAAUAUGAGCUGCACGCAGGUACAGAGUCCACCCCAAGUGUCGUGGUGCAUGUCUGUGACACGGAUGCAGCAGAAGAGGGAGAUCAAAACAAUUCACCCAAGACCAAAAUUGUUCAAACUCAACGUCCUGACAUGCCACCUUCUGUGCCUAACUGAUUUUCUCCAACAAGAGCACCUCUUUCUUAUUCCACUUCUGUAGUCUCCCCAUGUAUUUUAAUUUCUAUUGGCUCUGUUUGUCUGGUAAAAAUAUAUUGUGUGUUUCUGGAUUUUUACCUUAUUGGAAUACACUCUUUGCUGCAAUGAAAUCUAAUGAAAG